GCUGCUAGCUCCUCAGCAUCCUCAGACAGAAACUUAGAGGCUGGGACAGGGUCAGCACCCUGAGGCCAGUUGCCUUUGACAGCUUCCUUUCUGGUCAGGCCUGGCCUCUGUGUAGCUCUAGGUGCACCGCUCAACACCGCUGCGGCAGCACAGAGCUCAGGAUGGAGGCCCUCGCUGGAGCUGAGACUGCAGCCUUCCACCAGCCCUGGCCAGCCCGGCUGCUGCUGUGGGUCUCAGCCCUGAGCUGUUCUUUCUCCUCGACGGCUUCUCUUCCUCCUUCUCUGGUACCCGGAGUCAGAAGCAGCUACACUCUGGAAAGGACGCUCCUCGGUCUUGAUAAAUGCAAUGCCUGCAUCGGGACAUCAAUUUGUAAGAAGUUUUUUAAAGAAGAAAUAAGGUUUGACAACUCAAUGGCUUCCCACCUGGGACUGCCUCCUUACGACUUGCCUUCUUAUCCUGCAAAUUACUCAGAUGAUUCCAAAACCUGGCGCCCCGUGGAAGUUUCUCGACUAGUCAGCAAGUACAAAAGUGAGAUCUCUGAUAGGAGAAUCUGUGCCUCUGCAUCAGCUCCGAAGUCCUGUAGCAUUGAGCGUGUCCUGCGGAAAACAGGGAGGUUCCAAAAAUGGCUGCAGGCCAAGCGACUCACUCCCGACCUGGUGCAGGGCCUGCCCAGUCCCUUCCUGCGCUGCCCUUCGCAAAGACUCUUGGAUCGUGUGGUUCGCCGCUAUGCUGAAGUGGCUGAUGCUGGCAGUAUCUUCAUGGACCAUUUCACUGACCGGGACAAACUGCGACUCCUCUACACCCUGGCUGUGAAUGCACACCCCAUCAUCCUUCAGAUCUUCCCUGGGGCUGAGGGCUGGCCACUGCCCAAGUACCUGGGCUCCUGCGGUAGAUUCCUGAUCAGUACCAGCACCAGACCCCUGCAAGAAUUUUACGAUGCACCUCCAGAGCAAGCCGCUGACCUUGCCUACCAACUCCUUGGGAUCCUGGAGUCCCUAAGGAGCAAUGAUUUGAACUAUUUCUUCUACUUCACCCAUGUUGAUGCAGACAUGUUUGGCAUCUUUGACAAUGGGCAUCUGUUCAUCCGGGAUGCCAGUGCGCUAGGCGUCAUCGACAAGCAGGAAGGCAGCCAAGCAGCUGCCAGGACUGGAGAGAAAGAAGACAUUUUUAGCUGCCUGGUUUCUGGCUGCCAGGUCCAGCUGUCCUCCUGUGACACUGUCCCUGAGAAGCAAAGCCUGGUGCUGGUGUGUCAACAGUUGCUGCCUCAACUUCUCCAGGGAAAGUUUCCCUCCCCCGAGCAAGAGGAUAUAGACUCUGCUCUCAGCCUGUGUAGCAAGGAUUCUAGCACAGACAUGGAAGUUUUAGGGGCCACCAGCCGGCUGAAGGACAUCUUGAGACCGCUGAGAACCUGUGAUCCCAGAUUUGCCUACCGCUACCCAGACUGCAAGUAUAAUGACAGAUUCUGAGUGGCUGAGGCCUGACUAGCCUAAAGGGGCAAUCCACAAGUUCUUCCGUGUCCCUGAUUGAGUUAAUGCCAAAUUGGAAGAAGCAAUCCCAUUUUGCAUAUUGAAGUACAUUCCUUUCCUAAGAAACACUCAAAACUAGUGAAAGAAACUCUGACACUGCAUACUUGACACCACUGGCUAGGACACCGUGGCAGAGUCAGGAGGUGAGCAUAGGAAGACUCAGAUGUGAAUGCUCCAUUUCUUUGAACCUCUGUUUUCUCUGUACUCUACCAGGCUCUCACAAGAUUAAGAAAACAGAUGUAAAGUGCCCAGAAAUACAGUCAUGAUCCACAAAGCAUGUUCCAGAAGCAUACGUCAGGAGGCUGGUAUAGGUAGAGGACAGGGUGAAGGCAGGGGUUUAGGCUACUGGAACUUAAGCUCUCAUUCCUACUCCCUUGCCUCUGUGAGUCUGAACCCAGCAAAAGGUAAGCAAUGCAAGAAAGAUGGUCUGGCUAUCUACCAGACCAAGAUGGAGCCAUAUACCAAAGGAGCUCCAUAUCUUCCAUGAACAGAUCUGUUUUAUUGUGCUUGUAUAUUCAGGCUAGCCCGAACAGGCUGUGGCAGUGUGCCUGCAGCUUAGCCACAAAGAUAGAUUUCAGAGCACAGAAGCCUGGGGGCACCAAGUAGGUUCCAUUGCUCAUUGUAGCUGCAGCCUGGGGCCAGGGUCUGCUCUUUUCCAUACCACAUGCUCGAGCACAAGACCUAAGGAGUCCUAGAUUUUCAUCCAAAUGCAGCCUUACAAGUUAUUGUUUUAAAAAAAUUUUUUCAAGGUCAACCAAUGGAAUGCAUUUUCCUCAACAAUGAUUAUUCUGUACCUUUAAAAUGUUUAAUUAUGUGCUAUGGGCCUCUGUGCAUGCCUCCUUAGCAAUCAUAGAGGGUUUUUGGGCCUUUGCCUAGCCUCCCUACUAGGCCUCUACUCCUGGGGAUUGUUCAGUCUACCUCCUUUCUUCCACCUCUAAAUCAGCACCUUGGAGGUCAGAACACCGAACUAACAAGCUUCCCUGUACUCAUAGGGAAACAAAGGCCCAGGGAGGAAGGGAUUUGCUGCGAUAAUGCUGAGGACCUCCCUACCAGUUCAUUCCCCUGUUGCCUUCCCUAUCAAUCUCAGACUCCCAUCUUGAACUAUUCAAUUCUAAUUUCUAAUCUCAAUCACAUUUAAGCAUGAACCCCAUCGUGGGUUAUACUGGAUGACCUUUUGAUUUUGCCUUUAUACUGCUCCAGACAUUGUCCCUGGCAGCCACACUAUGAGACUGACAGGCCAAACUGCUGCAAGAAGUGGCUUGUCAUGCCUGAGAAGCUUUAAAACUGAUGUCCUCUGGCUGACUGUUGAGAAGGAAGUCUGGCCACAACUCCUACCUGCAUUAGCACACUGGCUUGCUUGCAAUACAUGCGCCCAGCCAGUCUCCCGACAAGAACCCAGGAACUACAGCUUCACACUCUCCAAAGAUGCACAUGCACAUAAGACUGUCCCCAAGACUCUCCUGUACACAAGCCAGUCCUGGCCUCUCUCAACAAAAGACUGUGAGUGACUUUGAGUGAAGCCCUGGGAGAAUUUAAACAUGGAAUUUACCAUAACCCUACUCUUACCUCUCUACCACCUAUCUGUGGAGCAGGCAAGAAGGGCGAACAAAUGAAGAACUCUCCUCCAGACCAAUGACGUGGAAUACUAAAGAAUGGGGCUGCUGACUCUCGGAAGGGAGCACAGCCCUAGAUACCUCCUGAAUCAGGACAAAGAUAUCUUAUGUCCUCCUUGAUCAAAUCCUAGGAGAAAGCAAAGAAUAAAACUACCCGAGUAACCCCA